UGGGUACCAAGAGCAAAUCCAAUGUCCAAUGUAUUAGUAGGCACCAAGAAUGAAUCCAACGUCCAAACACCAAGAACAAACCCAACGUCCAAUAUAUUAGUGGGCACCAAGAAUGAAUCCAAUGUCCAAUAUAUUAGUGGGCAACAAGAAUCCAACGUCCAAUGUAUUAGUGGGCACUAA